AUGCGGCUGUCCAAGUCGAGCUUUGUCACGGGCAGGAAGACACUCAAGGAAGAGCGGCCGCAGCAAUAUCUCUCUCCUGACGUCGACCUCACCAUCGGUCGCCACCCAGGCUCGGCCAACAAGCUCACGUUCAGCUCCCUCCACGUCCUUAAUUCCAAGGACAAGUCGUCAUCGUCCUCGGCUUCGAUCCAUUCCUCGGUAUCCCAACAGUCAAAUCAAGGGCCCCACCCAUUCAGCGCUAUGGUCUCCGCACCGUUGCCCGUGGUCAGCAACCGCAGGGAGGAGGAGGACGAGGACGAAUGCCCGGUCUGCCUCGAACCGCUUUCGUUCUCUUUCCGGUUACCGGGCGAGAAGCCGCACAUCGUACCAGAGUGCGGUCACGCUUUACACGAAGCUUGCUUCACGGCUGUCUAUGGCCCACCGCCGUCGAACCAACGCGGGGUACGCAAGACGAACCUGGGUGUCUGCGGUGUUUGCCGGCGGCCGAUGAAGGUUGGCGAUGGCGAUGGCGGGAAAUCGAACAAACUGGCAGCUUUGACCGGCAUGGGCGCACGGGACGGCCAGGACGGGAUGUACCCCGGACGGGAGACACCGUCUUUACGGGGUGGGCCGCACACUGUGCGGCCAAGGGCUCAGGUUGUGAAGCCGUACGACCCCACGGAGGAUGACGCUCUGGAUCAGCCUGGGACCGCCUCUCUCCGCAACGGAGUCGGCGCAGAAUAUGUCGUUGCGCCCUCGAUUCAGGUCAGGAGCGAAUUCAGUACCAUCACGCGCACACACGAGCCUGCGCAAGCCCUCACUUGCAUCGUCGUUCUCGAGCUUCCCUCGAAGCGACAGGGCCAGCCAGUACCCGGCCCGGUGAUGCCGGACCCGUACCCGCUCCGUGACAGCCAGAGCCCCGUCAGCAGCGCGUACCGACAGCAAGGCCAUAGCCCUGACGCUUCCGAUGGCACCGCGCGACACCGACAGCACAUGUCCCCCACCCAGUCCUCGGGCCCAUCCUCACUCCGCUCGCCUUCUUCAAUGCAUUCCCCCGAGCAGCAUUACGCCCAAUCGAUCGCUCAAACGAUCGAGCCGGAACAGGAGGAAGAGGACAAUCCGUUUGCGAGUGUCACUGAGGAUCUUCGGAACCGCAUCGUCGACUGGAAAGGGCAACAGCUUUCCGGUUUGGGCCCUCUGCGCCUCUUCGAUUUGCUCUCUGUCAGGCGAGACAAUAUCGUUCGCUCGUUCUACGUCUACUUGUUCAAGGAGGCUAUCAUCUGCGUAGCAGAAGAGAAGAAGCGGACUCUCGGCCGAUUGCUCGGCCAGGGCGCCGGUCCAGAAGGCUCAGCUCAGCCCAAGGGCAUGCUCCGUCUUCGUGGCCGCAUCUACGUUCGCCAUAUUCGACACGUAACCGAUACGAGCGUCUCUGGCGAACUCAGUCUUACGAUCGACAUGGAGGACGAGCGCCUAGAUAGCUUCAUCCUGAUCUUCAAGGAGCGCGCUUCGUUGGAGACAUGGCGGGCCGCCAUCUCGGCGCUCAUCACCUACACCCCCCGUGCACCGCCUGAACAGCCCGGCCUUGACAUCGAGGAGUUCGGCGCCCCGUCGGGCUCUAAGGCCGCAAGGGUGUUGUCGGGAGGGACGAUGAGUUCGGGCCAGAGCGACGCUGGACGCGACAGCCUGCUGCAAGGCCAGGGCAGCUCGCGUAGUACGCAGAGCAGCUAUACGACCAACACCAACAUGAGUGCCCACUACGGUCGUAACGGCCACAUGCAGAAGCUUGCCCCACUUGACGAGGAUGUCGCUAGCGUGAGAUCGGACCUUCACCAGCAGCACCACAACCAGCAGUCGUACGGGAUGGGAUACCAACCUCCACAGCAGCCGCUGUAUGCUCCUCACAUGAGUGCGGGACCGAGCAACGCGCUUGCGCCGUUGCCUCAUCCGCCCAUGGACCUCCUUCUCAUCAUCUCGCUCCCGAACAUACACGCAUCGCCUAGCACUGCCUCGCUCAAGCUGCGCGUUAUCAAGGCAACGCUCGACUUCGUCCUCGCCAGUCUUGGGCCACGUGAUCGUCUCAGUCUGGUCACUUUCGAAGUCGGCUUGGGUGGCCCUGUGCGCAAGACGCCGUUCUUGUCCGUGGGACGGACGCAGAGCCGAGCGCGGCUUGGGAAAUUCGUUGACGAGACUGGCGUGCGGGAAGACGAGCGUAGUACGGAGGACGAGUUCGCUGUCAAGGGUCCAAGAGACGAGAAGACGGAUGUCGUGACAGCCGUCAACCAUGCCCUCGAUGUUGUACUGCAGCGAAAGGCGCGCAACCCGGUGACGGGUAUGGUUCUCGUUAGCGACGCAGCAGACAGCACCCGACGUGCCCAGAUGGAUCUCGUCUUGGCCCGUGCAGAGGCAGCAAAUGUGCCUAUCCACUCGUUCGGAUAUGGCCGAAGUCACGACCCAGCGUCUCUAUGGCUCAUGAGCAACCAUACUAGCGGGACGUACACGUUCGUCAAGGACUGGUACGACUUGCGGGAUUGCCUUGCUGGGUGUGUGGGUGGCUUGAUGAGCAUCGGCACAACCGGCUUCAAGAUGCACAUGCGUAUCGUGGAUGGGAACAGAUUCCGCAUUCGCAAGGUUUCUGGUGGUCCGGGAUCAAUCGUGUCUUCCGAUGGGCGCAAUGUUGAUGUCGAUGUCGGGGAGCUGCGCUAUGGCGAGCGCAAGGAGAUGCUCGUUGAGCUCGAGCUGGACAACACCGAUGCGCCGCCUCCAUCGCAUAGGCACAACCACCACGAGAUGCAUUCGCCGAUCUCUCCCUCCUCCCGGGGCGGCCCGCGCGCGCUCAACGCUACGGACCGCUUCAACGCCGCCCUGGGCUUCGACGCGUUAGCGAUAGACGACGGCGCAGACCUGAUGGAUGGCAUGAUGGACCGGAUGAUUGACGAAGUGCCUGUCUUCGAAGUCGAUGGUUCCUUCUACGACCCGAACGCAGGCAAACACGUCUCGCGCCUCGCACACCCGGUACUGCUUACCGUCACCCUCCUGCCGGCCUCAUCUGCGACCCCAGCACGCCCGCCAGCGAACGCGAGCGACCCGGUGAUCGUGCGCAGGCGAAUGGAGCUCCUCGCCAGCGACAUGAUUACUCGCGCGCUAGUUCUCGUCAGCAGGAAGAACUAUCCUCAGGCCCAGAAGAUCAUGGGCGAGACACGGCGCAUCCUCGCUACUGUCCUUCAGACUAUCGGCGCCGGUUUGCCGCCAGGCAAUACGGGUGCUCCCCGCAACAGGCGCGAGGCGCUCACCCUCGGUGCUGUCCGGGUGCUCCAGGCCGUGCUCGCGGACAUGCAAGUCCUUUCGGAUGCCCUGGAGGAGAACGUCGAACUUUUCGCUCAUGAUGCUCGCAACUUCGGUGCGCAGCAAGCGAUGAUCCUCCGCGAUCAGAAGGCAUGGACGGGUCGCAGCGCUACUGAGCGCGUGUUCUGGACUGUAGAUGCUGCUAUCGACAUGGUCGGAAGGAGCACAGACUGGAUCGCGCGCGAGUAA